ACGCCCCUCCCCCCCAUUCAACCGUUGGGUCUUAAUGUUGCCGUGUGUUUACUACAGUAUUUAGUAAAAAGGGGGACAUUUGUCGUUUACAUGCUGCGAACUCUUGAGUAAAAACAGAGGUUCUUAGUUUUAAUUUUUAAGAAGCCAUUCAGGACACAACCAUGCCCAAGAGAAAGCAACAAGGAUCCGAAGGGGAGGCGAAGGAGGAGCCCCAGAGGAGAUCCGCGAGGUUAUCGGCGAAACCAGCACCUCCCAAACCUGAACCAAAACCCAAGAAGCCAGCCAAGAAAGAGAAGGCAGUGAACGACAAGAAGGAGGACAAGAAGCCCAAGGGAAAGAAGGGAGGGAAGGCGGAGGGAGAGGCGAACGAGGAGAAUCACUCCGAAAACGGAGACGCCAAACCCAACGAGGUGCAGACUCCCGAAGAUUCCGAGGAGAAAGAAGCCAAGUCCGAAUAGCAACACUGCCCUCCUCCCCCUCCCCCUCCCCCCCCCAGAUCUGUUGUGUGGUACCCCCAGAAAACCUCCAUGACGUAUUGUUAACAGAGGAAUAUUUUUAUCAACAAUUUUAUAAAAUAUCGGUACAGGUUUUUAGCACAAAUGGCUAAUUAUGGAAGAUCUUGCAGUUCUGCGCAGUCAUAUCGUGUCUGUAAACAUGACAAAAAGAAAAACAGUACAGGAUUUUUUUUAACGAUGUUUUGUGAUUAAUAGCUUGUUCGGUGUAGGGAGGGAGUACCUGCUCGUAGGGACAAAAUGUGAGUGAAUUAUUCUUACUUCCCUUUUCACACGGCCUGACCACAUUGGCCAGUUAUAUCCUCUAUAUGUGCAGUGAGUUUCUUUGUUUUUUUUUUGUUUUUUUUUUUGUGUUCUCUCCUUUUUAAGUGGAUGUUUGUAAGAAAGAGGAAUAAGUACAACUGAAAACAUUCCAGGCUGAUUUAUGACAGUGGGCUGACUUUUUUUAAAAAACCAUGUUGAAAAUUAUUUUGAUAAAACGAGAUUAAGAAAAUAACUUGUAGGAGGCGACAUAAUAUUAUGCAGGAUUUUUUUUUAAAUCAUGGUAUAAAAGUUUUUUAAAAAAGAAAUUGAACAUCUAUUGAAAUAUGCAGGUGUCUGUGUUAUCCCACUUUUAAGCAGUGAGUUCUGGAUGUCUCUUAAUAAAAAUAAUCCUUGGAAUUUUCCUCA